AUGAGCAAUGUGAUUCAUAUUGAUGAAAAGUGGUUUUACAUAAACCCGGAGACUAGAAGAUUUUAUCUUCUGCCCAAGGAAGAAGAUCCAUAUAGAUGUCAACAAUCAAGAAGGUUCAAGAUAAAAGCUAUGUUCAUGGGCAUGAUCGAAAAGCCCUUGUAUGAUGCACAAGGCCAUUUGAUUCAUGAUGGGAAAUACGGAAUAUUCUCCUUUGUUUUUCAGCAAACGGCGAAGAAAAAAAGUAAAAACAGAGAAGCUGGAACAAUUGAAACAAAGACAAAUCAAAACAUAAACAGAGAAGCAAUUAGGGAAAUGUUGGUGAACAAUGUGAAACCAGCCAUUGUAAGCAAAUGGCCUGCAAACAUGCCAAAGGAUGUGGUUAUCCAAUGGGAUAAUUCUAGGCCACAUCAAGUGCCACAAGAUGAAGAAUUCAUUGCAGCCAUUACUCAAGGGGGGUUCAACAUCAGAAUUGUAUUACAACCAGCACAAUCUCCUGAUUUAAAUGUGCUGGAUUUGGGUCUAUUCAGAGUAAUUCAAUCCUUACAGCAUUAA